AUGGCUACUCGCUCCACUUCCAAUCAGUCGUUGCCUGACAUGCCUUCUUCGCUACCUCAGUUCCUUCGUCAGGACCGCUCAGCCCUCGUCAACAAGUUCCACUACAUCGAAAACCUACAGCGUGACCGCCUGACCGAACAGUUCGAGAACCCAGAGAAAGAGUCGGAAUGGACACGCUUGACUGGCGACCAUAUCGCCUCUCGCAAUCGCUACAUCAACGUUGAGCCCUUUGCGAACAACCGCGUCAAGUUGAACGUCCGAGAAGGCUUCAACGACUACAUCAACGCUUCUCCCAUCAUACUGGGCCCGCGCCGCUACAUUGCAACCCAAGGUCCCAAGAACACUUCGACUUCGCAGUUCUACCGCAUGCUUGCCCAGGAGGCGACUGACAAGAAUCCUUCCGUUGUCGUCAUGCUCACCCAAACCCACGAGGCUGGUCGCGAAAAGUGCUUCAAGUACUUCCCUGACGGUCAAGACACGCCUCUCGAACUUCAUCCAGAUCCUGACCUCAACGAUGGUUUCGAGGGCAGAGUCGAACUUCUGGCGGCUGAAGAGGACCCCGCAUGCCGCUGCACCACCCGCCACUUGCGCCUGCGCUACAAGACACCAACUGAAGAAGGCCAAGAUGAUCAAUGGCACGAGAAGGAAGUAUAUCACUUGCUCUUUGCCGGCUGGCCAGAUUUCUCGGUCCCGGAGGGCGAAAACCGCAAAGCCAUGCUUAACCUCAUCGAAAAGUCCGCAACCUUCAACCUCCCGCCUGGUGUCCCAAGAGGCACCUUCCCUCUCGACACUGCACAAAAGCCAUCUUCACAAUACACGCCUAGUCCACGCAUCAUCCACUGCUCUGCUGGUGUUGGUAGAUCAGGCACUUUCAUUGCUCUGGACUUCUUGCUCGCUCACCUGGAACAUGGCAAUCUCGACUCGGUUCCUGAUGACAUUGACCCCAUUCUGGACACCGUCAAUGCCAUGAGGACGCAGCGUAUGAUGAUGGUUCAGAGUGAAGCUCAGUUCCUCUUCCUGUACGAUGUCAUGCGCGUCGCUUGGUUGGAGCAUCACGAUACUACCGGCACAGUGCCUUGA